UCCGUGGCUGAUCUGGUUCUCACUGUACACUUUACUACCGCUUGCAAUGUGACACUAAAAUAUAGACUCUCCCGCUUUCUCACACACACACACACACGCAUACACACACAUACACCCAAACAUCCCCUCAUACACACACCCACGCACGUACAGAUACACGGGCAUACCUACACACACACACGCACACACACGCGCAUACAGGGAAACACACACGGAUCCACGCGGAGCACUGGGUAAUCCAGAGUGGAGUUCGGAAGAAAAAAUAUAUAUAUACACACAUAUAUCUAUAUAGAAAGAAGGAAAAAAGGGGAAAAGCAACGAGCAGGGAACUAAAUCGGGUCCAAGAAGGAUCUAUAUUUUUUCUUCCCAAAAGGAAAAGAAAAGAAACGAGAGCCAUCCUCCCGAUCCAUCCUUCGUUCUCCUGCAUCAUGUUUGGGGCUCCCAUGGCAUUGGAUUUUGUAGUGCUUUUCUGCCUGGCGUCUGCGAUUGCAGCUGUGGAAGAAACCUUGAUGGAUACUAGGACAGCCACAGCUGAACUUGGUUGGACAGCAAACCCAACUUCAGGGUGGGAAGAAGUCAGUGGCUAUGAUGAGAAUCUCAACACAAUCCGUACCUACCAAGUGUGCAAUGUUUUUGAGCCCAACCAGAAUAACUGGCUUCUCACCACGUUCAUAAACCGACGGGGUGCACACCGUAUUUACACAGAGAUGCGCUUCACCGUGCGGGACUGCAGCAGCCUACCCAAUGUCCCUGGUUCCUGCAAGGAAACCUUCAACUUGUAUUACUAUGAAACAGACUCUGUCAUCGCCACCAAGAAGUCAGCGUUUUGGACAGAAGCCCCCUACCUCAAGGUGGACACUAUUGCUGCAGAUGAGAGUUUCUCACAGGUGGACUUUGGUGGUAGGCUGAUGAAAGUGAACACAGAGGUGAGGAGCUUUGGUCCCCUCAAUCGCAAUGGCUUCUAUCUUGCCUUUCAGGAUUAUGGGGCAUGCAUGUCCCUCCUGUCAGUAAGGGUCUUCUUUAAGAAAUGCCCCAGUGUGGUGCAGAAUUUUGCCAUCUUCCCAGAGACAAUGACAGGAGCCGAAAGCACCUCCCUAGUGAUUGCACGGGGCACAUGCAUUCCCAAUGCUGAAGAGGUGGAUGUUCCGAUUAAAUUGUACUGCAAUGGUGAUGGGGAGUGGAUGGUUCCUAUUGGCCGGUGUACCUGCAAGGCUGGAUUUGAGCCUGAGAACAAUGUGGCCUGUAAAGCUUGCCCAGCGGGGAUGUUCAAGGCCAACCAGGGUGCUGGAGUUUGUACACAGUGCCCUGCUAAUAGUCGUUCCACCUCAGAAGCAGCUCCCAUCUGCACUUGCCGCAAUGGUUACUACCGUGCUGAGUUUGAUCCAUCAGAAGCGCCCUGCACAAGUGUUCCUUCAGGGCCUCGCAAUGUGAUUUCUAUUGUCAAUGAGACAUCAAUUAUACUAGAAUGGCAUCCACCUCGGGAGACAGGAGGCCGCGAUGAUGUGACCUACAACAUUGUGUGCAAGAAGUGCCGGUCAGAUCGCCGUAGCUGCUCUCGCUGCGAUGACAAUGUGGAGUUUGUACCAAGACAACUGGGCCUUACAGAAACCCGGGUCUUCAUCAGCAACCUAUGGGCCCACACACCAUACACUUUCGAGAUCCAGGCUGUCAAUGGAGUUUCCAACAAAAGCCCGUUCCCUCCACAGCAUGUCUCCGUGAACAUCACUACCAACCAAGCUGCUCCCUCCACAGUUCCCAUCAUGCACCAGGUAAGUGCCACCAUGAGGAGCAUCACCUUGUCAUGGCCUCAGCCAGAACAGCCCAACGGCAUCAUCCUGGAUUAUGAGAUCCGUUAUUAUGAGAAGGUGAGCCGGAUCUGCAUCCCCGAGAUUAGCAGCACUAUGGGCUCAAGACCAGCCACCGACCACAAUGAGUACAACUCCUCCAUGGCCAAGAGUCAGACCAACACAGCCCGAAUUGAUGGGCUGCGACCCGGAAUGGUAUACGUGGUACAGGUGCGAGCCCGAACUGUCGCUGGCUAUGGGAAAUACAGUGGAAAAAUGUGCUUCCAAACCCUUACAGAUGAUGACUACAAGUCAGAACUGAGAGAACAACUGCCUUUGAUUGCUGGGUCUGCAGCAGCAGGAGUUGUCUUUAUUGUCUCCUUGGUGGCUAUUUCAAUUGUUUGCAGCAGGAAGCGAGCCUACAGCAAAGAGGCAGUUUACAGCGAUAAGCUACAACAUUACAGCACUGGUAGAGGCUCCCCAGGAAUGAAGAUCUACAUUGAUCCUUUUACGUAUGAGGACCCCAAUGAAGCUGUCCGCGAGUUUGCCAAGGAGAUUGAUGUGUCAUUCGUGAAGAUUGAAGAAGUCAUUGGAGCAGGAGAGUUUGGUGAAGUCUAUAAAGGGCGCCUGAAACUGCCUGGAAAGAGAGAAAUCUAUGUGGCUAUAAAGACAUUAAAGGCGGGCUACUCUGAGAAACAACGGCGGGACUUCCUGAGCGAGGCCAGCAUCAUGGGUCAAUUUGAUCACCCAAACAUCAUUCGACUAGAAGGGGUAGUCACCAAAAGCCGUCCAGUGAUGAUUAUAACAGAAUUUAUGGAGAAUGGAGCCCUAGAUUCUUUUUUACGUCAAAACGAUGGGCAGUUUACCGUCAUCCAGUUGGUGGGGAUGCUUAGAGGGAUUGCAGCUGGAAUGAAGUACCUUGCAGAGAUGAAUUAUGUCCACCGGGAUCUGGCAGCUAGGAAUAUACUUGUCAACAGCAACCUAGUCUGCAAAGUGUCUGACUUUGGCCUCUCACGCUAUCUACAAGAUGACACCUCAGACCCAACAUACACCAGCUCUUUGGGUGGGAAGAUCCCAGUGAGGUGGACAGCCCCGGAGGCUAUUGCCUAUCGUAAAUUCACCUCUGCCAGCGAUGUAUGGAGUUAUGGCAUUGUCAUGUGGGAAGUGAUGUCUUUUGGGGAAAGACCCUAUUGGGACAUGUCAAAUCAAGAUGUUAUUAAUGCAAUUGAACAAGACUACCGGCUUCCUCCCCCAAUGGACUGCCCUGCUGCUCUCCAUCAGCUUAUGCUAGAUUGCUGGCAGAAAGACCGCAACACCCGACCACGCUUUGCUGAAAUAGUUAACACCUUAGACAAAAUGAUCCGAAAUCCAGCAAGCCUCAAAACUGUGGCUACCAUCACCGCUGUGCCUUCUCAGCCACUGUUGGAUCGCUCCAUCCCAGAUUUUACUGCCUUUACCUCAGUAGAAGAUUGGCUCAGUGCCAUCAAAAUGAACCAAUACAGAGACAGUUUUCUGACUGCAGGAUUCACAUCCCUUCAAUUAGUUGCACAGAUGACAUCAGAAGAUCUUCUAAGAAUAGGGGUGACCUUAGCUGGACACCAAAAGAAGAUCCUCAACAGUGUCCAGUCUAUGAGAGUGCAGAUGAGCCAGUCACCAACUGCGAUGGCAUGACGCUUCAUGUCUUCUCACAACAAUGGGGGAAAAGGAGGAGGACAGAGAAGGGUUGGAUGGGGGAGGGGAGGGUACGCUGACAAGACAGUGAGAUGUUUGCAAAGGUUGGUUUGUCUGAGAACUUUUGUGAGGUGCAGACAAAGAGUACAUGGAACUUGUUUCUUUGUGGCAACGUCCGUUUCUCACCAACAGAAGCACACUUACUGAUGCCAUGGGAAACAGCAUAUAAAUAAAUAUAAAUAUGUACAAAUCAUAUAUUUAAAAAUAAAAAAACAGCAAAAGCAAACCAUUGUUUGUGGGGAGGAGACCUUACAUCCCACCACCAGUGAGCAGUAGUCAAGGAGCCAGUAGGGAGGAAAGAGGUGUAACCUGGAGCACCCAUCUUCAGCAGCUGUAUUCAUUUCCUUCUUACCUUUAGUUCUCCUCCCAGAGCCCUUCCUAUCUGCCCAUUUCCCUCCUUUGACCAUAAACUGUGGGGGAUUUUCUUCCACAGUCUCUACAGCUACCUACUAGAAUAUCUCAAGAUGUUGUUCCACAGUUACCAAAAGACUUCACUGACCACUGCAUGGGGGAUCCAGACCAAUCCAGUUAAUGUCUUCAUAUUGAAGAAGAGAUGUACCUUCAAUAGAAAAAAAAACCUUCUUUUUUUCUUUUGCUUGCAUUUUUUUGCAAAAAGAAAAAAAUCCUCAUGGCAAAAAAGAGGAAAAAAAAGGUGUUCCCGCAAGUGUGUAUGUAUGCGUCUGUAUGUUGUCAACUUAACUGUGGAGUCACUCACUGCUUGUCCAUAGCAGAAAACACAACAAAGUGGGAUUGACAGAUGAUAAAUCCAUCACCAUCAGGGAAAUUGGGAAUUCAGUGGGAGAUAGACGUGAUACGCCUGGCUUUCUGUCCAGAGCAACUGUGCAUGGAAUGUGCGAAAGAAAUGAACAAGGAAAGCAAAUUAAUUCAAAGGAGGAUGGAAGCAGAAGAAGGGACUAUGCAACAAGGCUUUCAUGUGGAGUGGUUACAGGAUGCCCAAAGACAGAGGACACCAAACAGAAGAAUGCUUGGUCUUCCAGCAUCCCAGUGACCUGCAGAUGAUGGCUCAGGAAUGUUUGGUUCCAUUGUAUGGAUGUCAGGAUUUUAAUAUAUAUUGAUUUUGGUUUCGUAACAACAGAGGAGUUGUACAACCAGCCUGGUGCCUGAUAUCUGUGCCUACAAAAGGCUCAUUGUGCUGUGCACUUUUGUGUCCUUUCGUCUUUGCUGGGUCGAGAGAGGAAGUGAUCCAGAACUUCAUGUACAAUCCAGCAGUCUUCCCAUGUUUUGGAGGAACAAUGUGUAUAAUACAAUGAACUGGCAGAGAAACUGGAGGCUGUGCUGAUUCCGAUGCUGCAGGAGUUUUCCAGCUGGCAGGGACAGGGAACACAGAGCAUCAUUUAUGCAUUAUGAUUUUGGGCAAAUUACUAUGAUUACUGCUGCUGCUGAUUUACAACUGCAAGCUACCCAUUU